AUGGAUGGACAAGUGACAUAUGCUGAACUAAAUGUGUCCAGGAAUUCUGGCCUUAAAAAUUCAUCACUCCCACCUGUUCCUCAGGGUAUCUGUCAAGGUGCACCCUGGCAUCAACUUGCUCUGAAAAUUGGUUGUGCUGGGCUUAUUCUUCUAUCCUUGACUGUGAUUGGGUUGAGUUUUUUAGAAAGGUCAAGUCUGUUGAAGUGCCCAGAAGAUUGGAUUGAGCUUGGAGAGAAAUGCUUUUUUAUUUCUAGUUCUUCCAAAAGUUGGAAUCACAGUCUAGCUGACUGUUUCAAAAAAGAAUCCUAUUUGCUGCUUAUUCAAGAUGAGGAAGAAUUGAAACUUAUACAAAACCAGAUAAGUGAUAAAGGAUAUAAUUUUUGGAUUGGAUUAAAUUUUACAUUAUCAGAGAAGAAAUGGAAGUGGAUAAAUGGUUCAGAUUUAAAUUCUAAGAUAUUACAGGUUAAUGAUGAAGAGAAAGAAAACAACUGUGCUUACAUCUCACAGAAAAAAACUGCGUUUGAGAACUGUAAUGCGGAAAAUAAAUGGAUUUGCCAAAAGAACUUAAACAUCAGAAAUAAACCAUGUUCUGUGUGA